AUGAGCGCCAACGCUGCUGAUGGCCCCUCCCUUGUGGCGGCGGCUGUGCAGGCGGCGAUCCGGGAGGGCGCCCCGAGGCGCACUGUUGCUGCUGUGGCUGCGGCGGUUGCCGGCACUGUGAUGUCUGCGACUGCUCGGCCCUCCGUGCCAGCGACUAUGCACAAGGAGCGCGCUCAGGAUGCACAGGGCAAAGCUGAAGACUCCGACGAUCCUGUACAAUUGUUGGAGAAACUUCGUGCUGUACGCCGUGCCCAACGACUCCGCAAGAAGGAGAAGCGCAGGACAGCCAAGCAGCCAUUCCACCUCCAGCAGGUGCAGCCGGCCCAAGCGCAGACCUCGGGGGAAGUCAUGCUGCAGAGCCCGCUCCGGCACUUGCUCUACGUUCAGGCGCUGAUUCACCCUCGCAGUCUGAAGGCUUGUUCGAGGGCGCGUGGCUCAUCGCUGUCCAUGGCUGGGCGCGCCAGCGAGCGUGCCAUGACCGCCUUCAAUAUUUUCACCGCUUGUCUGGCGACGUCCAGGUCCCGCGCCGGGGCCCGCCUCAUCGAUGGCCUCGCUGUCAAUAUUGUCCUGAUGGUCUCCGUUGCUGCGAAGGUCCACCCGGACGACCGGCCGUUGCCCGAGAGCCCGUACGCCCUCGGCCCUUUGGCAUUUGUGCACGUUGCCGGCCAGGAGGUGGGCAGCCAGGGCCACUCGAAGAGCAACCCGAAGGAGGUUCAGUGCGUGAAGCAUCUCCUCGAGGCUCUCUGUUGCGAGCCCGGCGAGGUGGGCGUCAUCACGCCCUACAGCGCGCAGGCAGUUGCCAUCCGCCGCGCGCUGAGCUCCCCGCAGGGCGCGCAGGUGGCUUCGGUGGACGGCUUUCAGGGCUCGGAGAAGGAGGUCAUCGUCCUCUCCUUGGUGAGGUCCAACCCGCAGGGCGACCUCGGCUUCGUAGCGGAUUGGAGACGCUUGAAUGUGUCUAUCACGCGGGCGCGCUCGUUGCUGAUCAUCGUGGGGAACCUUCUGACGCUCGCGCAGAACGAGCUGUGGCGAAGCUUCAUCGGCCUGCAGCCCGACAUGCCCGCGUUGGCUUGGUCGGGCUCCGACCUCAUACCACUCCCACAGGAAGUUCAGGAGCAGCUCUCUGGCGCCUGCGCCAAGGCACACGCGCGGGGCUUCGUGCUGCCCGCACUGGCGCCGGAAGCCCAGCGGAGAGCUCCGAAGAGGAAGCCGAAUCGAGCCUUGUCGCCGACUCCCAUCGCCAUUUCCUUGGCCAGCGUGGUCGGUCAUGCUGCAGCCGGGCAUGGUGCAGGCCUCUCACGCGCUGGCACCGUGCUUUCGGCCAAGCCCAUGGACGGUCCGGCGCCAGAGCAGCCCGUGGGCAACCCGGCCUUGCAGGGGACGCCAAUGGGCGAGCAGGAGAAGACGAAGGCGAUGGAGGUACCAGGCGGUGGGAGCGCCAGCGGCGCGGCGCCCGGUGCCACCACCAUCGCCAUGACGCAGGAGCAGUGGAAGGCCCUCGCCCAGGACCCUUGGCACUCCGCGCAGGGCGACCCGUGGGGCGGGAACGGCCAGGCGCGAGGGAACCCAGGGACGGCGGCCGCCGAGGCGGCGGCGACUGGCGAGGCCGACGGCCACAAGGACGGCGACUGGGCGGACGCGGUGGCGGCCGCAGCGGAGGUCGAGGCCGCGGACGAGGGCGCGGAGGCCCUCGACCGCGAGGCGCAGGCGCUCGCGGAUCAGGACACGUGCUACGCGCUGAUCCCGCUCCAGCACAGGGCCUACCGCGACCAGAUCGAGGGGGUCCUGGGGUGCGUCAAGGACCUGAAUAGGUUGCUGAUCACGAUUGGGAGUCUGGGGCUGUGCCAGUUGCUCAUCGGGGCGGCGAUGAUGCCGCGAGCGGUAAUCCGCGCAGCGCUGCUACUGGCGACGAUCGGCUUCACGGUGGAGGCCGGAAAAAAGAAGGAGCCAGGGGCGAAGAAGAUGACGGACGAGUUCCUGGCAGCCCAUCGCAGGGGCCAGGGAUCAGACAGCGGGGGCCCCCCUGAGCCGAUGUGGGAACCUCCUCCUCCAGAGGACGACUCCAACGAGAACUACCAGGGCGGCUUCGACCUCCCGGCCAUCCCGGAGGCGGUGGACGAGAGCUGGGAGCUGCUGAGCGACGAAGCUCCCAGCCUGGUGUGA